GGAAAUCCCAUAUUUGAAACAGGAAAAACCCCAUUUCUUUCUUUUUGCUCAUUCACGCUUCUUCUGCAUAUCCUCCACAUAAGAGUAUUUCUCUCCGCUGAUCGCCGGGAAAUUGCCAUUCUUGUCUCCAACCAACCACUCAACUCCACCAUUAACGUGGCAGCCAGCAGGAACUUGGUUGGAUUCAAUCCAGGACAACAAGAUAACAAAUGAGUGCUGGUGGUUCGUUUGGUGGGACUAGAGGGGCGAGACCUGUGCCACCAGAAAAAGGAGUCUUUCCUCUAGAUCAUAUGCAUGAAUGCGACUUGGAGAAAAAAGAGUAUCUCAGCUGUCUAAAAGCCUCUGGCCAUAAUUCAGAAAAAUGUAGAGAAUUUUCAAAGAAAUACUUGGAAUGUCGAAUGGAGAAGAACUUAAUGGCAAAGCAAGAUAUGUCCGAGCUUGGGUUUGGCAAGGACCACGAAACCGAAACUUCUGAAGGAUACGAGAAGGACAAAAUAGACCAGUGAUUGUGAUUCUUUGUUAUUAUACGAGCGAGACUUGUGUUGGCAGCCAAAUUACGCGGGAAUUAGUUGAAGUCGAGGGGUUUUGCUUUGGCUCUACAGAUGCAUUCUUUUGCUGUAGGCUGUAUUACAUAAUCAAAGCAACUCAAGAUGAACCCUAAUUGCAACAUAGGACGGAGGCUACACAACUUCUGCUCUGUUAGGCUUAAAUAUGACAAUGUACAACAUCUAAUUCUAAAAUAGAAACCGGUCUAGUACAUGUCCCACUUGUGAUAUACUCAUCUGUCUCCUUGCUUUUGCUACCUUGCAAAAAUGAAAAUGAGAGUUUUUUGUGUAUUGUGUAGCAAAACAAAUUAGCAAAAGGAGUAAUUUUCCCAUUUUGAACGCAUCUUUCGACAUUCCAUAAUAUUAUUUGUUCAUGUGUAGUUCUAUAUGUUGAAUUGGUAUGAUUUUAUUUUACCAUCGUA